ACUGGAUAAUCGAGGAAGCUCAAGCGAUUCCUGCCUGUGGCUAACAGUAGCUAGUCGGCUAAUCUCCUGAACAGCGUAGUUGUGGCUGUUGUUAGCUCUUGUGUUCGUAUUUGUUUGCAUUUUUCCGGUAACACGCACACUUCUGUCCUUGUGCGCCGUCAGUGGCGGGAGUGAGGCAGACUGCUGCGGGCACGUUUAAAAACUGGACGUUCGGGCGCCGUUGCGUUCUCCCAGGAUGCUAGCACACAAGCGAGCCAGCUAGCUCAUCGACCUGUUAAAAACGGCCAACCCGUCCGGAUGCUUUGAGCAACAACAACGCAGCGGAUUUCGGGGUUUCUUGUCGGCCUCGCGUGAUGUCAAGCAACCGGUCACAGCAAAGCGCUGGCGGGGCGAGUUCUGUGCCAAGCACAAGCAGCAGCAGCACGGGAGGCGCUGGGGGCAGCAACGCCGUCACAAGUAAUGGGAACAAUUCGGGGAAUGUUGUACCCAGCCGGACCCUUGCAGCAGCCGGCGACGGUGGCUUGUCGUCGGUGCCAAGUUUGGCCGCCGUGCCGUCGUCCCGGGGCGGGUUUGCUUCCCUGGGCAGACCCUCUACGUCCUCGGGCAGCAGAAAGAAAUCCCUCCAUCAAGCACCUUUACACAACGGCCUGCUGAACUCGUACGAAGAUAAAAGCAACGAUUUUGUCUGUCCCAUUUGCUUCGAAAUGAUAGAAGAGGCGUACAUGACAAAGUGUGGACACAGUUUCUGUUACAGGUGCAUCCGUCAGAGCCUUGAGGACAGCAACAGAUGUCCCAAGUGUAACUAUAUUGUGGAUAAUGUAGAUCAGCUUUAUCCAAACUUUCUCGUCAAUGAACUGAUCCUGAAGCAGAAACAACGGUUGGAGGAGAAGAGACUAAAAUUAGAUCAUCCUAAUGGCUCCAGGUGGAAUGCUGUCCAGGAUGUCUUGAGUCCUGACCAGGAGAACUUGGACUUGGCAAACGUUAAUCUGAUGCUGGAGCUCCUGGUUCAGAAGAAAAAGCAGCUGGAGGCGGAAUCUCAAGCAGCUCAGAGACAGAUCCUCAUGGAGUUCCUUAAAGAAGCCAGAAGAAACAAGAGAGAGCAACUGGAGCAGCUGCAGAAAGAGCUCAACUUUCUUGAAGACGACAUUAAGCGUGUUGAGGAAAUGAGCGGACUGUAUUCUCCAAUGAUGGAGGCAGAGUGCACGGUACCUAACGUCGAAGCUCCCUCACCAGCGCCCAGCUGUAGUAGUAUUAUUGAUCCACCAGACUACAGCCAGCCUCCAGGAUUUGGUGGAACACCCCAGGGAAAACGACAGACCUGGUACAACAGCACACUGGCGUCAAGAAGAAAGAGGCUGACGGCUCAUUUUGAGGAUCUAGAGCAGUGCUACUUCUCCAACAAAAUGUCACGCAUCACAGAUGAAGGCAGGAACUUGAACCAACUCGAUGAUUUCAUGGAGUGUUUGUCCAAGUUCACGCGCUACAACUCUGUUCGGCCGCUGGCGACUCUCUCCUACGCUAGUGACCUCUACAACGGCUCCAGUAUUGUCUCCAGUAUUGAGUUUGACCGUGACUGUGACUACUUUGCCAUCGCUGGUGUGACCAAGAAGAUCAAGGUGUUUGAGUACGGCACUGUGAUCCAGGACGCAGUGGACAUCCACUACCCUGUCAACGAAAUGACCUGUAAUUCCAAAAUCAGCUGUAUCAGCUGGAGCAGCUAUCACAAGAACCUUCUGGCCAGCAGUGACUAUGAGGGAACGGUCAUCCUGUGGGAUGGAUUCACUGGCCAGAGAUCCAAAGUUUAUCAGGAGCAUGAAAAAAGGUGUUGGAGCGUCGACUUCAACCUGAUGGACCCCAAGCUCUUAGCCUCUGGUUCCGAUGACGCUAAAGUGAAGUUAUGGUCGACUAAUCUUGACAACUCUGUAGCCAGCAUCGAGGCCAAGGCCAACGUGUGCUGCGUUAAAUUCAGCCCAACCUCCAGAUAUCAUCUGGCCUUCGGCUGUGCAGAUCACUGUGUCCACUACUACGAUCUCCGCAACACUAAGCAGCCAAUUAUGGUGUUCAAAGGCCACAGGAAAGCGGUGUCUUAUGCCAAGUUUGUCAACGGAGAGGAAAUUGUCUCUGCUUCAACAGACAGUCAGCUGAAGCUGUGGAACGUCAACAAAACCCACUGUCUGCGCUCCUUCAAGGGUCACAUCAACGAGAAGAACUUUGUCGGCCUGGCUUCUAAUGGAGACUAUGUCGCCUGUGGCAGUGAGAACAACUCCCUGUACCUUUACUACAAAGGACUUUCUAAGACGUUGUUAACCUUCAAGUUUGACACGGUGAAGAGUGUCCUGGACAAAGACAAGAAGGAGGACGACACAAACGAGUUUGUCAGUGCUGUGUGCUGGAGGGCACUGCCUGAUGGAGAGUCUAAUGUGCUGAUUGCUGCAAACAGUCAAGGAACAAUCAAGGUACUCGAACUCGUCUGAACGUCCACCGCGUCUUCAGGGAGCGACAGGGCGACCUUCGGCCUCUGUUUGUUUUGCUCGAGGAUCAGUCUGACGGACGCAGGGAGAACUUUGGCUUCCUGCUGAAUCACAGUAGGACACAGAGCUGAAACGAACCUUUAUCUUAUUUUAAUGAGCUACACUAUUUUGGACGGCAGCAAAAAGACAUACGGACACAUACGGAGUUCGCGCGCAGUCAUUUUUACAGCGACAGAACAGAGCGAGGACCGAGCUUGGGCACACAAAAUGGAACAAGAGACUUUAGAAAGCUUAUUUUGUUGUUUGUUUAUCACCUACAAUAGAACACCUCUUUAUGGUUUUAGGUCAAAUCAAAAAACUUUUACCUUUUUAAUUAAGCUGUUGCUCUCAAAGGGUACAUCCAGCCAAACGCUACUCGUGUGAUGCAUUUUCCCCCUUUUUUUUUUAAAGGCCAAAGCACAAGACAAAAUGACAUGCAAAAAUGAUGUUUUCAUGUGAAGCUUUUAAACCCCCCGUCCUUUCCCUAUUUUCCCUCGUUUGUCAACGUCCACCAACCCCCCCCACCCCUCCGCCGCCUUCCUUGUGUGUAUUUAUGUGUUGUUCCGAUUGGGAGAAACCAGUUUUAAUAAAUAUGACUUGAAUUUCAUUCUGUCUAGCGUAUCGUCAGUUCAUUUUCUGGCUUCAGAGUGUAGUAAGAGAGGCACCAAUGGAUUGUGGGAAAAUGUCUUUAAUGUUGCUGUCGGAACAAAAUGAGAUGAUUUUUGUCUGUGAUCACAAUUUUUGUCUUGCAUAAACUGAGAGCAUUGAUUUACGGUGCUACAUCAAACUGGACUUGUUUUCCGUUCCACAUAUGUGAGCUGCUUGUUAGUGGGGUGGGCGGGGUUAAAAAAACAUAAACCUCACAGAAUCAUAUUUUCUUAAGUAGCAAUGGAGUUUCUCUUCAUAUACUGUUGGUAAAAAUCCAUCAGAGCCACAUUGUAAUUGCUGUUGGGUUUCUAGGGAGCGCAGAUCCACGUUGACACAUCGAGGGGAUUUGGCAAACACGGCCAAGAACCUGCCUAUUUUAUGAUAACUGAGUGAGAGAGGUGUUUUGUAUUUGUAUAACUGAAUAAAUUAUUUCGAAACGA